CCAUAGACAUGAAUUAAGUUUCUCUAGAUGUUGAGGUGUUUUCAGAGGUUUAUGCUGCUGCCUUUCAAAAAAAAAAAAAAUCCCUGAUGUUGUGCCUGGGGUUCCUGGGGUCCUCUCCUCUGGAUACACCGAGAUGGCCUCGGCACAUGACAGAGCUGUUCUCCAGGCUAUAUUCAACCCCAACAGCCCUUUUGGAGACAUCCCUGGCCUGAACCAAGAGGAGGAAUUAACUGAUGACGACAGUGGCUUUGACACAGAGUUGCUGAAGCAAGUGAAAGAGUUGGAGAUGCAGGGUGUCUCAGCGGCAGAGGCUGGGGAUUUGCAAACUGCACUUCAACAGUUCAGCCAGGCAAUCCAGAUACUGCCUCAGCGAGCCUCAGCCUAUAACAACCGGGCACAGGCCCGGCGGCUCCAAGGGAACACAGCAGGUGCCCUUGAAGACCUGGAGCGUGCCAUCACUCUGAGCGGUGGCACUGGGCGAACUGCCUGCCAGGCACUGGUGCAAAGGGGCCUUUUACUCAGGCUGAAAUGCCAGGAUGAUGAAGCCAGAGCGGAUUUUGAGAAGGCAGCUGCGCUUGGUAGUGAAUUUGCCCGACAACAGGCUAUAGUACUUAAUCCGUAUGCCGCCCUGUGCAACCGAAUGCUGUCAGAGGUGAUCAACAAACUGCGCAAUCCUGAGGUGGCAGAGAUGCAAUAGUUAGAUAAUCUGAUGUAACAAAGCUUUUCCUUGCACACAUUUUCUGUUCUGAACUUUCAGUCAAUAAAAGAAAUGUUAUUUUAAUGUUA